AUGGAUGAGCCGCUCUCGCUCCUACCGUCGUCAACAGAGGGCGAGCUGAGGAGCAUUGCCGCAGACUGGGCCGCUGCCACAGAGGUGCUCGUGGACAAGGCCACUCUGGUGGCAAACGCCCGCUUGGGCCACGAGUAUGUCGACAGAGGCGAGGCGCCGCCGCCCGUCGCCACCGCCGCCGCCGAUACAGAGGAGCCGACAGAGCCACAGGCCGAUGCCGCCGCUGAUGGCGACUCGGCCGGCCGCAGUCCUGCGCUUGCCGCCGCCCGCCUCGAGCGGGCUGCCGCCGCUGCUCUCCACCGCUGCGAGCAGAGCAUCGAGACGCUCACCCGCCUCGUCGCCCGUGCCAAUCUCGCCGUCGCUGAUGCGCUCGAGCUGGCCGUCGCGGACGGCUCGCAUCCAGAGGCGGCGCCGGUCCAGGCCGCAGCCUGGGCCGCCGCCCUCGGUGAUGAGGUUGUCGUUAUCAACGAGGCUGUCGCCGACAUUGCUGCUUCGCUUGAUCGCGACGUCAUCUCCGAGGCGCUCGCGGUCAUCUUGCACGGUAUGUACUCUCCGGCACAGCCGUGGAUGAGCUAGUUCUUUACAGCCCAGCAUCCCGCCGGACCUUGCCCACAAUGGCAAAGACCUUGCGGGCUGCGGCGUCGCCGUCGGCCAUUACCGCCACGCACUUUUUGGUCUUC